AUGGUCGCCCUAACGGCAGACAAACAGCAACUGCUGCGUGACUUCAUAUCUGGCUCCCACAUCCUCCAUUAUCAUGGUGUCCUCGAUGCAUAUGGCCAUUUGUCAGUCCGGAAUCCCACCGCCUCUGAUCGAUUCAUCAUGCCGCGGAACUUGGCGCCAGCGCUGCUCGCGUCUGAGGCAGACCUUGUAGAAUACCAUGUGGCAGACGCGGAGCCCGUGGAUCCUUCUGCUCCCAACGGCUAUGUCGAGCGGUACAUCCACAGCGAGAUAUACAAGCGGUAUCCUGGUGUCAACAGCGUGAUUCAUAGCCACGCCAGCGAGGUCAUUCCUUAUACGAUAUCUGAAGUGCCGUUAAAGCCUUGUUAUCAUAUGGCUGGAUUUCUCGAAGCCGACACUCGGAACAUGUUAAUCUGCAACAUUCCACUAGGAGUGGCCCUGGCAUCGUCUUUUUCUGGAUCCGGAGCUGCUGCUGCUGCUGCUGCUGCCGCCGCCACUUCCGAACCAGACCAUUGCGCAGUGCUCAUGCGAGGUCACGGCUUCACCGUUUGCGGGCGGUCGAUUCAGGAAUCUGUCCUCCGUGCGGUAUACACCAAGGAGAAUGCGGCUAUACAGACCAAUGCCCUCUUGACCCAUGCUGCGCACUACCGAAACAGCAGCUCGGGAUCCGCGGUGUCUGAUAUUGCAUACCUGCGACCAGAGGAGAUCGAGGCUACCACGGAAAUGACGCGGUGGUCCUUCAUGAGACCUUGGAAACUUUGGGUUAGGGAGGUCGAGGCGGCUGGGUUGUAUGUGAAUAAUAUUUGA